AUGCACGAUCUGAAAAGAAAAAUUCUUGCAGACAUCCAAUUUUAUAAUAAAUUAUUUUUGAUUUUAAGUGUAUUUAUUUAUAAUUUCUAUUGCAUUAAAAAUAAUAAAUUGCUCAAGCAUAAUUUUGUCUUUUGGUGUUUAAUUUUAGUUUUCAAUAGAUUAUUCAAAGUGCAGGAAGGUUUCCCUGCUCAGUCUUCCCUUAGGAAUUCUUGGUCAGCUGCUAAGGUUUUAAUUGAUGAGCAAAUUGAAAGUAUUAAAGAAGCAAAAACAUACAAGGAAGAAAGAAUAAUUAUUUCAAAGCAAGCCUCUCACAUAAAUGUUGAAGGACUGAAGAAAUCUGUAAUUAAUUUUUGUGCGAACAACUAUUUAGGAUUGUCGAGUCAUCCUGCUAUAAUACAAGCUGGUAAAGAUGCAUUAGAUGAAUAUGGUGCUGGAUUAAGCUCAGUUCGUUUCAUUUGUGGAACACAGGAUUUGCACAAGAAAUUAGAAAAUAAAAUUGCAAAAUUUCAUGGUAGAGAAGAUUGCAUAAUUUAUCCCAGCUGCUUUGAUGCAAAUGCUGGAUUGUUUGAAGUUCUUUUGACUGCUGAAGAUGCUGUGUUAUCUGAUGAACUAAACCACGCUUCCAUUAUUGAUGGAAUAAGAUUAUGCAAAGCACAAAAAUAUCGAUAUAAGCAUAGAGAUAUGGCAGAUUUGGAAAAAAAACUUCAAGAAAGUUCUUCAGCUCGAUUGCGUCUCAUAGCUACUGAUGGAGUCUUUAGCAUGGAUGGAAAUCUUGCCCCUUUGCCUGAGAUAUGUAAUUUAGCAAAAAAAUACAAUGCUAUGCUGUUUGUCGAUGAAUGUCAUGCUACUGGAGUGUUUGGUAAAACAGGCAGAGGGAUUGAAGAGCAUUUCAACUUGAACGGAAAAGUUGAUAUAAUAAAUUCUACUUUAGGAAAAGCUUUAGGUGGUGCUGCUGGUGGUUACACAACAGGAAAAUCAGAGUUAAUAAAUCUGUUGAGACAAAAAUCACGUCCAUAUUUAUUUUCAAAUGCUCUUCCACCUCCUGUUGUUGCCUGUGGAAUUAAGGCAUUAGAUAUAUUGUUCGAAAGCUCAUCACUAGUGGAAAAAUUACACAGAAAUACCAACAUGUUUAGAUCUGCUAUGUCUGCAGCUGGAAUGAAUGUCAUUGGUGAUGAUCAUCCAAUAUGUCCGGUGAUGUUGUGCGAAGAAAAACUAGCAAUGUCAAUGGCUAAUAAAAUGCUAGACCAUGGAAUAUAUGUGAUUGGAUUUACUUACCCAGUAGUUCCUAAAAAUCGAGCUAGAGUUAGGGUACAAAUAUCUGCAGCUCAUUCAGAAGAAGAUAUACAAAUGGCAGUGCAAGGUUUUCAUUCAGUGGCCAAAGAACUUGGAGUCAUAUAGUUUUUCAAGUCUCUAAAUUUUACAGCAUUUUAGAUCAUUUGCAGCUAAAUGAUUUCUUUUCUUUUUGUCUUGGUUCAAUAGCUUCAUUUCCCAAAUUAAGACUGGGACAAAAAUUCAGAAUGGGAUUUCUGCCUCAAAUCCUCUCCUUAAAAAUAGUCUGCAAGCUCCUAUCCAUGGAAGAGUCAAAAAACUGCAGUGAAAAUUUAAAAACAAUUUCUUCCAACUUAGAAUGAAGUAAAUAAAUUAAGCUGUUAAAAGUUAGACCAACAAAGUUAAAUGCACCAAUUUUCAAAAAAAAAAAAAAAAAAGAAAAGAAAAGAAAAAAGAAAUUGACACAGGUUUCAAGGAACCUUUUUUUUAAUGCAGAAAGAUUUUAGCUUAUGGAUUUAAAUUCACUAAUGAAAUGCAUCUAUAAAAUAAAGAAGAAGGAAAAAAAAACUUAUUUUCAUAAAAUGAGGUUUCAUUUUCUUCAAUAUUUUUCUUUUUCAUUCAAAGCACACUUGAGGGGAAAUACAAUCCUUUUUAACUCUUAUCAGGAGUUAAUUUUCUUUUCAAAAGUUUUUCACAUUAUCUUUUACAGUGCAGAUGAAUAUGUUUUGAUCUUUUCAAGAACUCUAAUUGGAAUUUUGGAAGAAAACUUUUAAAAUGAAUUUGAACAAAGUUGUGGGGGGAAAGAUACCCACAAAAAAUGAAAUUUUAGGAUGUACAAAUAGUCAAUUAACAAUUCCCCUCUCUAAACUCUCCUUCAACCCAAACGAGGAGGAAUCUCCACUCCACUUUGAAUUUUUUUACCUGUGAUAGAUCUGAUUUUAGACAAAUCGUACAUCUCACAAUAAUUCAUCCGUUUUGCUUUUGAUAUCUAGCUGUAUAAUUAAUGCAAAUUUAUUACUCACUCGAUUCUCAAUGUUCUGCAUAUUUUACAUUAUUAUUUCAAAUGUAUUUCUUCCUUGGCUUUAAUUUUAAAGGGAAAAAAAUACUAUUUAAAUUUAUUCUACAAUGAAAACUAACAUUCCAAAAGUAAGUGAUAAAAUUAGUAUUAUGUAUUAUAAAAUACAAUGUAACAUACAAUAUUUUUAAGGUAUCUUAAGAUUUAGUCUUUAUCAUAUCUUAAUAUAUGUUUUAUAUUUCUUUGAUAACAUGAAUUGUUGACUUAAAACUAUUUUUACGUCACAGCAUUUUUUAAAGAAUGGUUGUAUAUCUUUCCCUGAAUAAAUUUUUUUAUAGCAGUAUGCUAUGCAUUAAAUUGAAAAAAAUACAGAAAUUUAAAAGAAUCUUCAGUCAAAAUUGACUAAUGAGAAACAUAAUAAUUGUUGGUUGUUUUUAGCAAAAAAAAUAUGAUUUGUCUUGCAUAUCUGUAAUAAUAAUAGUACUGUGUAGCAAAAAAAUACCUUCAAAAUGCUUCUGGCAUAAUUCUUCAAGAUUGUUAUGUUAAAAUAACCCCUGAAAUCCAAAUAUGACCGCCUCCCCCCCCCCCCCACAUCCCUAUUUUUUAGAAAUGAGCCCCCCAAUUUUUUGUUUUUGACAGUUUCACAGCCAUUAUUUUUAUUUGUAGGGAAAAAGAGCAUAAAAUUAACCAUUUACACUUUUUAGAAGGGCUAAAGAGGUGAAAUGUUCAAAAGCAUGAACAUUUAGACCAGACCAUGUGGGGAGACUCAUGGAGGGGGGGGGUAUCCCCCUAAAAUAUUUCAAAGAUCACAGGGUUCGUACGCUCUGGAAAACCUGGAAUAGUCAGAGAAAAUGGAAUGGUUGAAAAUGUCGGGGAAUUUUCCAAUUUUGGCCCCAAAAUAUUUGUUUUACAAUUUUUUUACAGGGAAUUUUGUGCCAUGAGAUCUAAUCUUUGUUUUUAUCGAUGUUUCCUGAAAUUUUUUUACAAUUUUGAGGAAAAAUUACGCUAGCAAUAAAAAAUUGGCAACCCCUCAAAAAAAAAAAAACUUUUGCAGUCGCCAUUUUUGGUCCUUAAUAGUUCCCAAGAAAAAAAUUCCUUGGAUGAAGAGGAAUUAUGUACCAACUCAACAGAGGAGACAACAAUUUACUGCUUCUGAAGCACAAGCCUGAGGAUGAGAGGGUCAAAACUGUUUUUCUAUCCAAAAUUUUUUUCAGCAACAUGUGAAACGUAAUCGCUAUGUUUGGUCAUUCACAAGAUGGAAGUAGACACGAUGCUUCAGUGCCUAAGUUUCCAAAAACAAAGCAGAAUUGGAUGUUUUCUUUCGCUGUUGACUAAUAAAAGAAACACAAAAUUUGCUGCAAAUCGUUUCUUUUUUUUUUUUUUUAAUUUUUAGGUGUCAUUUUCUUGAGAAAUGAAAAAUUGUCUUAUCCUCACUGCCUUGGACGCAAAUGUGCUAAAUAACUUUUCAACUGAAUUGUAGUUUCAUGAAGAUUAUUUUUCAAUUGUUUUCAUGCUACAAAUUCAAAAAAAAAUUUAAUUUUUGCGUAGCCGCCACAUUUGGUCAUUCCCAAAAUGGAAGUACAUAAGAUUUUUAUGUGCCUAGGUUUCCGAAAAUGACAUAGGAUGUUUAUUGCAAUGCAAAUUGUUGAAAACAAUGCAAAAUGUGCCUUUUUUGUGUGGAUAAUUCCUAAUUAUUUUCUGGAAAAAUGCAAAAUUUUAUCUUCAGAACAUUUUUUAUUCUAAUUGAUUUAGACGCUUAUGUGCUAAAAACUUACUGUUUUGUCUUAGGAUUAUUAAUUAUUUAUAACUACUUUUAUGCUACAAAUUCUAA